AUGGCUUCGUUAUCUGCGAUCAGCGAGGAGCUUGCGGAGAUCGACGGACAAAUCGCCGAUAUCUUCCGUGCUUUAUCAAAUGGGUUUCAGAAAUUGGAGAAGAUGAAGGACUCCAACAGACAGAGUAGGCAGUUGGAGGAGCUCACUGGAAAGAUGCGUGAAUGCAAGAGGCUUAUCAAGGAGUUCGAUAGAGAAGCAAAGGAUAUGGAGUAUCAAAAUGACCCAGACACCAACAAGAUGUUGAAUGAUAAAAAGCAAUCAAUGGUCAAAGAGUUGAAUUCAUAUGUCGCUCUUAAAAAACAAUAUGCAAGCAAUCUUGAAACCAAGAGAGUUGAUCUCUUUGAUGGACCUGGGGAAGGGCUUGGUGAAGAAAAUGUCUUGCUAGCUUCAUCUAUGACAAAUCAGCAGCUAAUGGAUAAGGGAAAUCACAUGAUGGACGAGACUGACCAGGCCAUUGAGAGAUCAAAAAAGGUUGUUCACGACACAGUAAAUGUUGGAACAGAGACUGCAGCAGCUCUCAAGGCACAGACUGAACAAAUGAGUAGGAUUGUUAAUGAGCUGGACUCUAUUCAUUUCUCGAUUAAGAAGGCUUCUCAGCUGGUCAAGGAAAUUGGUAGGCAGGUUGCUACUGAUCGGUGCAUUAUGGCCUUUCUCUUCCUUAUUGUUAUCGGUGUCAUAGCUAUCAUUAUUGUUAAGCUUGUAAAUCCACAUAACAAAGACAUUCGGGAUAUUCCUGGAUUUGCCCCUCCUGCUCCUAGUAGAAAGUUGCUUUGGAGUCCUAAUUGA